CUCCAACUCCACUCUUCUGUCAAAACAGGAUACCCGUCAUUUUGAAAGCAUCUUGACGAAUUUAUAGCGAAAUGAAGCCAUCAAUCGUAUCUUUAAGCUCAAAAAUGGGCUUAUCGCCAAGACCAAAGACCGCGCAAGUAUUUAGACAACGAAUUGUCUUGGCGAAUGGAGCUUCGUACAUGAUUAACACAACUUUACCCCGUCCGUAUGUUGUAUCGAUCAAAGACAUUACAAAUAUGCCUCUGAAUAAUCCAGACUCAUAUGCAUUGUCCUCUGUGGGUGGUCAAGAAACCCGUAGAACCAAGUUUGAACAACGCUAUGAAGGACUUUAAAGUAAUUGAUAUUACAAUUCACAAUGCUUGAAAUUUUAGAUGUCUAUGCAGCCCUCUCCUCUUCCUACUCUAUGUCUACAUAUUAUCCAGAACCCUUUUAUGUAUAAAUCAUAAAUGCAUUAUUUAUUAUAGAUGCUAUAAUAUCUGUAAUACUAUGAUGGACUACGAUGAAAGAUGUAGACAAAAUGAUUUCCAAUCAUCAUGUUGAGAAUCCGAAAAGGAUGCCCACUUCGUCUUAAUUUCUUCUACGCUUCAACGCAUUCUCCUAGUCAUAAAAAGGACUAGACGAAAUUGUUCACCAAUUUUGAAGCGAUUGACUGUAAAGAAAGAAUUGGUCAAGUUUUACUAUUUAUACAUGUCUGACGUUUAAUAGGGUAGGGUUGUGACAGUCAGAACUGUCAACAAUGGAAAAAAGAAGAAUAUGAAAAAGAGAAAUAAAGGACGCGUAAUCGGUUACCAAUUGAAAUGCGUUUAAAGGAAUGAAUGAUUGGAUCGAAAAGAAUAUCUUGCUCCAUGUGAGAGACGUUGAGUUUCUGUGUGAUGAACAGCAGUUUCAAUAUUACGAUCGAUUUUUUGAACCUAUGAAUGGUAUUUUUUUGAUGUAAGCGUUUUUAUAUUCUGUGUUAAAAUAGGUAAACAAACGAAUGUAUAAUAAAGCAAGUUAAAACUAAUUCUUUUCCUCUUACACUAUAACGAAAAUAACUAAAGGGAAAAUGAAAAUGCAA